AUGGGAUCGCCAAGGAAGCCCAAGGAGGUCCAGAAGCUGAUAGGCUGUGUAGCCGCACUUAAUAGGUUUAUCUCUAAAUCUACGGACAAGUGCGUACCGUUCUUUGAUACCCUGAGAGGAAGCAAGCCAUUCCUAUGGACGGAAGAGUGCGAACAGGCAUUCCACCGAAUGAAGGAACACCUCAGGAAACCCCCUCUGCUGUCCAAACUGGUGACCGGGGAGGUGUUGAGCCUUUACCUGGCAGUCUCGGAACACGCCGUUAGUUCGAUGGUGAUCUGCGAGGGGAAGAAGGUGCAGUUGCCGGUGUAUUACACUAGCAAGCGCCUCCUCGACGCGGAGACGAGGUAUCCCCAGAUGGAAAAGCUCGCCCUCGCACUAGUUGUGACAGCAAGGAAGUUGCGGCACUACUUCCAGGCCCAUAGCAUUCAGGUCUUGACCAACCACCCACUCAGGCAAGUGCUACAGAAGCCUGACACCUCCGAGUUCACGGGGCUACCAGACGAGGUCGACGAAGCCGACAAACCGCCACGAUGGAAGCUCUACGUCGACGGGAGCUCCAAUGACAAUGGUAGUGGGGCAGGACUGGUAUUACACACACCUGAGGGACACAAGAUCACCUCAGCCAUCAGGUUUGAAUUCCCUGCAUCCAAUAACGAAGCCGAGUAUGAGGCGCUGCUGGCUAGACUCCGGUUGGCGGAGCAUCUAAAAGCGGGGAACUUAGACAUCUUCAGCGCUUCACAGCUUAUUGUGAAUCAAGUGAAGGGCCAGUACCAAACCCAGGAUGACAAAAUGGCCACGUAUCUAAAGAAGGUCAGGGAAGCCCUGGGGAAGCUCACGGCCUAUGAUAUACAGCAAGUACCAAGAGCAGAGAAUAGGAACGCCGAUGCCCUCGCCAAGUUGGCGACGUCGAGAGAUGCUGGGCUCUUGAACAUGGUUCCCGUGGAGGUCUUGAAAGCCCAGACCACGGCAAAGAGGCCCGAGGUCACGCCGGUGGAUUACCAGCCAAGCUGGAUGGACCCAAUCAUCAGGUACUUGGUCGACGGUGAACUCCCUGAGGACAAGCAGCAGGCAAAAAAGAUGAAGUAUCAGGCAGCGAGAUACAUAAUGUACAACAACCUCCUCUAUCGAAGGGGCUACUCGACGCCCAUGCUCCGGUGCCUCGGCGCAGAGAGGCAAAGAGAGUGUUGUCUGAGGUUUGGUGUGCCGCAUUCUCUCGUAUCCGACAAUGGGAAACAGUUCAACAACGACAACACCAGCCAGUUUUGCAAGCUACUAGGGAUCCACAAGAAUUUCUCCUCCGUCGUAUACCCCCAGUCCAAUGGGCAGGUCGAGGCGGUCAAUAAGAUAAUCAAAGUCACACUCAAAUGA